GGUUCCUGUAAAGGGAAGUGUCGGGGAUGCUGCAGCAGCUGCCUGGUGUUGGUCCUGGUUCCUGCUGCCUGCCUUGGUCUCUCCCAUGAUGGUGGGCUUGAGGACGGACUUCAGCGUGCUCCUGGAGCCUCUGGGCUUUGUUAAGGUCCUUGAAUGGCUUCUUGCCAUCUUUGCUUUCGCCACGUGUGGAGGCUUUCGAGGUGAGACUGCUCUUCUAGUUUCCUGCGAAGGUGUGGUAAACAAAACAAUUACAGCUGCUUUUGCUUAUCCAUUCAGGUUGAAUACAGUUGUAUUUAGUGCACCAGACCCAAAAGGCUGUGGUGAUACUUGGACUGAUGUCUACCUCGCGGGCGACUUCUCUUCUUCUGCACAUUUCUUUGUUACACUGGCAGCAUUGGUGUUCCUCUACUGUAUUACUGCCCUUGUGGUAUAUAUUGGAUAUUAUCAUGUGUAUCAGCAAUAUAACAAGUUUCCAGUAACUGACUUGACAAUCAGUGUCUUGACAGCCUUUCUGUGGCUGGUCAGUACUUUUGUUUGGGCAAAGGCACUUGCUGACAUCAAGGUGUCCACAGGAGCCAGCAUUAUUCCAGGAAUUGAAUCUUGCAAAGCCCCAGGAACUACUUGCCACUUCCUUUCUGUGACCAGCAUGGGAGUUCUGAAUGUGUCUGUGGUGUUCGGCUUGGUUAAUAUGACUUUAUGGGCAGGAAAUGUUUGGCUUGUAUACAAGGACACCAACUUGCACAACCAAUGGAACAGAAUUUCUGAAAGUCCAACUGAAAGGGUAUAAAAAUAAGUGCUUCCACUUUCACAUCACCAUACCAAGAGCAUGGAGCCCUUAGGAUUCAUUUCAAUAAUAUCUGAUAAUUCAUACAAUCUUCUAUUUUGUACUGUGGUUUCACAGAUGAUCUUGUGUACUCCAACUGAAGUGUUUAACUAUCAUGAAAUGUAUUGUGUCUUUCAAGGCUGUGCAGCAUUAUAUUACAGUUUUUGAAGAGUGAAAUGAAGAGGUUCUCUGGAUGCUUACUCUUUCUGGUUCUUAAAUUAGCCUUAGAGGAUGGAUGGCUGAGAAGCAACUGUAUCUGGGCUAUUACUGCAAGUCUCCUCUGAAAAAAAAUGGAAAGUAAAUUCAUCCAGGGCAGGUGAAAAAAAUUAGUUUCUUCCUAUCACUUAUACCUUGCAAAAAUCCCCUGAGCAGAAUUCAUAGCUCUGUCAAAGUUGUAGCCAAGAUGUGUAGGUUUCCAGAUUCUCUUUUCACAUCAUUGUAUCAGAUCUGCUGCUGCCUUGUCAGGAAGGAUGUUACUUCUGUGUUUAAUAUUUUGUUACUGCUUAAUGGCUUGGGACAACCUCUGAACAAGGAAAGUUGUUGAAUGAGUUCAUAGCUUCUAGUCUCACUGAUAUGAGGGCUUGUACAGGGGAGAAAUAGAUGAUUUAAAUACUUCAAGGUGGGGAGGGAGGAAAAAUUAAGCAUGGCCCAAAACACAAAUACUGUAGAAAUCGAGGUUGAUACAUUCUGCUACUGAUUACACUUCUAUUGCUUUUGAGGUGCAUGAACAAAAGUUGUGUGUGAAAGGAUAUGAGGGGAGAUGUCUGAACAUGACAAAUUCUUUGUUGAUGUUCAACUCAUUCAUUGGGAGCGAUAUUUGGGUCUUCUUAUGUAGACUCCUUUAUUAAGGUGUCUGGCUCCCUGGGAAUCACCCAGAACAAAUAUUUUGACAAACCUAAUGUGAAAGCUAUUCAGUUGUUUUGGGUUUGCUUUAACUGUUUGUGAUGAAAAUAGACAUAAUAGUGUGUAUAUAAUAGAAAUUGUAAUUGUUUGGUGUGCCAGAGCUAUUGACUUUCUCAUAGUAAACUGUAGUCUCAAAGAGUAUAAUAAAGUCAGUAUGACUGCUGCUGAAA